UCCGGUGCUUUCGUGUCGUCAGUUCCGGUCUCGAGGAGUCGGCGUUUUCAAGAUGACGGCCUCCUUGGAAAGCAUACCGAAGGACCUGAGAAAUCUCAGAGCUUGCCUUCUCUGUUCGAUGAUCAAGACAUUUGAACAAUUCGAAUUCGACGGCUGUGACAACUGCGACGAGUACCUCCACAUGAAGAACAACAGAGACAUGGUCUACGACUGUACGAGUUCCAACUUCGACGGCAUGAUAGCUCUUAUGAACCCAGAGGACAGCUGGGUGGCAAAGUGGCAACGGAUAAACCGCAAAGCCAAGGGCAUCUACGCCAUCUCGGUGUCCGGUCGCCUGCCUCCGGCAACGGUGAGGGAACUCAAGAGCAGGGGCAUCACCUACAAGUCCAGGGACACCAGCACCGUCUAGGGACAAGACAAGGAAAAGCUGUCCGUCAUCUGCGGGAAAAAACAGCCUUCUGUACCUCCAUCUAUUCCGAGCACAUUGUAAAUAAAUUGAUCCAUGUUAGGAA